GCGUGCCCCUGGCGUAGGGAGGGGCUGCGCUUGCGCAGUGUCGCUGUGGCUGGCGGCGCCCGCGCCCCCUCCUCCUCCUCUCCCGCCCCCCGCCGUGCCCGCGCUCCCCCCCCUCGCCCCCAUGCGGCGCUGAGGCGGCGGCGGUAGCGGGGCUGCCCCGGGGCGGCGGGGACCGCUGAGCAGCGGCCAUGGAGGGUAUGGACGUGGACCUGGACGCGGAGCUGAUGCAGAAGUUCAGCUGCUUGGGCACAACCGACAAGGACGUGCUGAUCGGCGAGUUCCAGCGGCUCCUCGGCUUCCAGCUCAGCCCCGCCGGCUGCGCCUUCUUCCUUGACAUGACCAACUGGAAUCUCCAGGCUGCCAUCGGAGCCUACUAUGACUUCGAGAGCCCAAACAUCAACGUCCCCUCUAUGUCCUUUGUUGAAGAUGUCACCAUAGGUGAAGGAGAGUCCAUCCCUCCUGACACCCAGUUUACAAAAACAUGGAGGAUACAGAACACAGGGACAGAGGCCUGGCCCCCCGGGGUUUGUCUGAAGUAUGUCGGGGGAGACCAGUUUGGCCACGUGAACAUGGUGAUGGUGAGGUCCCUGGAGCCACAGGAGAUGGCAGAUGUCAGCGUCCAGAUGUGCAGCCCCAGCACGGCAGGGAUGUACCAGGGGCAGUGGCGGAUGUGCACCGCCACCGGACUCUACUAUGGAGAUGUCAUCUGGGUGAUCCUCAGCGUGGAGGUUGGAGGACUUCUAGGUGUAACACAGCAGCUGUCAUCCUUUGAAACAGAGUUCAACACGCAACCGCACCGCAAGGUAGAAGGAAACUUUAACCCCUUCGCCUCCCCACAGAAGAACAGGCAACCAGAUGAAAACAACCUAAAAGACCCAGGGGGUUCCGAGCUAGGCACAAUCAGCAAAAACACAUGGGGGCCUGCUCCUGACCAAAUCGAACAAGAUCAGAAUGGACUCUCACAAAACUCUGUAAACCUCUCCCCCAGCAGUCACUCGAACAACUUGUCGGUAGUGACGUACAGUAAGGGUUUCCAUGGUCCUUACCCCUUCGGACAGUCUUAAAACACAAACACAAAAUGGGUGUCAGCAAGAGGAGAACUGAAGGAGGAGCUGACUGUGGGGGCAGGGCAGGGGGCUCCACGUGUGGCCCCCACUCCUCUGCCUCCGUGUUCUGCAUAAAGAAGAGAAAACAAACAAAUCCAAAAGCUCAGUGAGCAGAGACUUAGCUGUUUCCAGAGAAGAAUCCAACGCUGAGUGUGCUGUGUGAGUGCUGCUGUGUGCAUCCCCCCGGCUGCCCCCCCCCCCCAGGUCACCCUCACGCCAUUAGGUAACUUCUAAAGAGGAGUUUGAAAAGCGAAAAAGCCAUCUCGAGAAAAUAAUCAUCCCCGGACUGCUUUGCCUGCAGAGCAGUUCCCUUUGAGCAGCUGCUUUGGUCUCUGUCUCCUGACCAGGUUUCCCCUGGGGCAGUGUUUGUGUGGCACUGUCAUUGCUCUGCCUGCUUCCUGACAGGCGUCUGCUCAGCUUGGCAUCCCCUGGGCUUUGUGCAGCAGCCGCUUUGGGGCAGACCUUUUCUAAAUGCCAGGUUAGGUCUGCACCCAGCUCUGUUUUUCAUGUCAUCUGCUUUCGGUUGCCAACUUUUUAAUCCUUUCUUCUUUGUUUUUCCCCUUUGGUUUGGGUGGUGUUUGUCUGCAUGUGCUGAAACCAGGUCCUGGCAUCACAGGUGAAGAGAAAGGCUCCUGGGACUUGCAGGGUAACAUGGAGGGUGCCUUUGCCUCCCCCUUGCGCGUGAAGUAGUCAGGGGCACCCACACUGACACCAAACGGAGCUGCUGGGCUUCAGACCUGUCCUGUAUGCUCAGCGCUCUGAAGCUGCCUUGCUGCUCACCCUUCCCUGUCCAGUAGCUGUGCCUAGAGCAAGCAAAUGUCUCGGGCCUGUGCCAAGAGGAAACUCUCUUCCUGUGGCUGUGAUUCACUUGGUUGUAGUUGCAAAGCUUUACAGAAGUUCUUUCAAUGUUGAGUCUCCCACCCCUCUCCUGCAGAGCACAAAUUUGCACUCGUGUCUCUGUGCCAGCAGCUGGUGACCAGGCCGAUUGCAGCUGGGGAUGCAGAGCAGGCACCAGCAGCUGGGCUCUGCACUCACCUGCUCUUCAUUCACCUGUCUCCCCCUGGCCUGUAGCUCUGGUGAGGCUCUCACCUUCUGAAGGGGCUCUCCAGGGCUUGGGGCUAGAGGAGGAAUCACUUCUCUAAAGACUUGGAGUGCUCUGCUGCUCCUCCAGUUGUGGACUUGGAGGUGCAGUGUGAGGGGAGGGAGAGUGGCCCCCAGCGCUGUGGUGGUUUGCAGUGCUGUGUCACCAGCACCGCCGCUGCUGGGGAGCAAGGUGAGAGGCCUCUCGCAGGGGUGGUCAGGGCUGUAACAGAGCAGCAUGCAGAGCUCCCACGGCCACCUUCCAGAUCUGCCAGUGAAGGCUCAGGUUCUCCUUGCUGGAGCAGAGUGCAGGCUCUGGCUGCCUAGUGCUUGCUCUCUGCUCCUGACAGGUUGGGUUUGGGGAUUCAUUUUCACUGCAGCUGCCAAGGACUCUUGGUACAUAGGGGAGGAUCUUGUAGAGUGCAGAAGUGGUUCCUGUGUCCAGCAGAGGAGGGACAGGGUGACAGUUUCUCGUCCGUGUUUCAGGUGGUCAGUGGCAAAGGUCACUGCUGUCCGAAGUCUGCCUUCAAAGAUCAGUUUGUGGUGAGAAGAAAGUUCAGUGUGAAAAGUGCUGGGCAGAAGAGACCCUGCAGCCGUUUACACUUAGGGUGUGGCAAGACUCUGGCUCAGCAGAGUGAAGCCCUGGAAGGUGGUGCUGCACCUCUCAGUGCAGCUGUAGGGGGUCCUUGUCCCGUGUCAUCGUUUAGCCUCCUCUCAUCAUCCAGUCUGCGGAGCGUGGGCAGUUGGGUUCCAUCUUUGCCUUUGCUCCUUCCUUCCCAAGCAGGCAGCCUGUGUGGCAAGCCCUGGAGGCGUGACCCUGCCCAUCACAGCUCUUGCAGCCCUGCCACCUCCCUUCUGGAGCUCUCGGUGGCUGGAGGCUGCACUUUGUCCAAGGGUUGAGGGGAUUCCAUAUCUUCAUCAGCUGUGUAGUGAAGGGGGAAAGGUCAGCUCUGAGUCUGCUGCUGCAGGCUUUGCUCCCUGUCAGCCACAGUGACCCCUGGUCCCCCCACACUGCCUUCUGCUGCCAGCCACGUGUGCCCCUGUGCCAUGGCUGCCACCGUGUGUCACUCUGCUCCUCCUAAGGCUGAAUUCUUCUCCUGCACAAGCCCGUUGCAUGCCCCCCAGCAGUCCUCUGCUGUCUCGCUCAGGAGGCAGAACUUGUUCUGCACAGGCUUGAGCCUUUUCAGUCCCUGCAGUCGCUGUGACAGGGCCAGCCCCGAGUCGCUGCCGAGCCCCCAGCCCCCUGCUGCUCCCACCUCAGGUAGCUCCAGGCUGUGGGAAUGGUCUCUGGAAAGGAUGAUGGGGAGCUGUGAGGGUUGGGGCUGCCACCCUGGCUGUGGCAGGGGGCAGUGUUUGAGCUGGGGUCACUCUCGAGUGAAAGCUGUCCCGCAGAGGCCAGAGGUGGUUUCAGCUCCUCAGAGCUCGGUGCUGCUGCCAGCCCUCACAUUGCUCUCUCUUAGGUUUCCAGCCUUUAGGGGCAUUUGAGGUGCAUUUGGCAAAGCUCUUUCCAGGUGACUUCAGGGCACUGAUUUGGUUUCCAUAGGGCAGAAGCAUUCAGACUCCCCAAGUCAGAAAGCAAAUGGCCUGGGGGAGCCUGGGGCCUGUGUGACUGCUCAGAUGGUGCAGUCCAUGGGGCACAGACACAGCUCAGGUCUGUGAGGAAGCCUCACCAGACUGAGACUGGGGAACCAGGCAAGAGGCUGCUGGUCCUGUCUGGGGAGGGGUGGGGUUGCUGCCCACUGGUACCAGAGGGUGCAAGUGCCAGGCUGCAGCUGGCUCCAGUGUAACAGCCAUGGUCUAGAAGUCCGAGGGAAAGGGAGAUUCUUGUUAACCCCCAGCCCUCCCAGAGGGAAGAGCAAGGGUAGAACAUCUUGGAUGGUCUCUGCACAGACCUGCCCCAGCGUGAGCCACCUGGGACCUGUCCUGUCACUGACACAAACCCAGCAGGCAGCCCAGGUCCCCUCUUGGCCCAGGCGGACCACCCCACAAUACCCACUGGGGCUACCCCAAAGCUGGCAGUGCCACGUGAGGAGAUGAGGGGAGCUGGAGUCUGCUGCCCACAUCUUGGAGAGCACUGGAGCCCCCUUCCAGGGUGUGGGAGUUGCAAGUCCCCCUCCCAGGGCUCGGUGGGGUUGGGCAAUGGCUGCUGCCCCACGUCUGUGGCUGCUGUGUGCUGCUCCAUUGCUGCUGCUGCGUGUGCAUGAGUGGCUGCAGCCUGUGCUCUCCCCGGGACAGUGCCUGUGUGGAGCAGGGAGAGGUUGCCUCACCGAGCCUGGGAGGAGUCCUGUGGUAGCACAUCGGGGGGUGAAAAUGCGAGGAGGCUUUUUCCUUAAUGUAUAAAUGAAUAUUUGUAUGAUUAAAUUAACACUGAAAACCCAAA